GGAGAAGACAUUUUUUUGAAACUGUCAAAAAUUGUCAAUAUUUAUCAUAAUUUUUUUAUUCAAGAAAAACAAACAGUUUUUAAGAUUGUUGGCUGCAAUUACUUAUACACAACCAUAACAUAACGCAAAAGGACAUACAUUUUGGGCCAGAUCAUGGAAGCACCUAAAGACAAAUACUACCUAACGUAUCUAACAUUUUUAGUUCAUGGAAUAGGAAUACUUAUGCCUUGGAAUAUGUUUAUCACAGCUAUUGGAUAUUUUACACAACACAAACUGUCACCUUCAUAUAUUGGAUAUGACUUUCCGUAUUUACCGAAAUUUAUGCAAUAUUUAACAUUUUGCUCCCAAAUACCUGCCCUCAUACUAAGUUGGCUGAAUAUUUUUGUGAGGAUUAAAGGACCAUUGACAAUAAGAAUUGUUUGCAGUAUAGGGGUUGUUAUUGUAGUGUUUAUUUUUACUAUAUUUAUGGCAAUGCUAGACACCAGUGGUGCACCUCAAUUCUUCUUUUGGCAGACUAUGUUAUGUGUCGUGAUAAUGAAUAGUGCCAACGGAGUUUACCAAAACAGCAUAUUUGGCAUAGUAGCAAAAUUACCUGGUAAAUACACAGCAGCAGUCAUUUUGGGAAACAAUAUAAGUGGAACCUUCGCCUCUUUGGUCAGCCUUAUUUCGAAACUAAGUACUCCAAAUCUAAAACUGGCUGCAAUAUGGUAUUUUAUUAUGGCUCUGUUUGUACUUUUGUUGUGCUUCGACACGUAUUUUGCCCUACCUCUUAAUAAAUACUACCGGUUUUUCGAUGAACAUGAAAAGCAGGUAGAGCAGCAAGGCGUAAGUUCUAAUAACGAAAGAGAAACACCUCCUUAUUGGCAAAUUACUAAGCAAGCAUUUCCCCAGUUGGCAAAUGUAUUUUUAGUGUUUUUCGUAACGCUUGCGGUUUUUCCCGCCCUUCAAGCAGGUAUUCAGAAAAGUUCAGAAAACUUCUUUGUUUCUGACCGUGUUUACGUGGACGUUAUGUGCUUCUUGACAUUUAAUUUGUUUGCAAUGAUUGGUUCAUGGUUGCCUACAUAUAUCAUAUGGCCUGGUCCAAAAAAGCUGUGGAUACCUGUUGUAGUUAGACUGAUAUACAUACCUCUGUUUUUAUUCUGCAACUAUCAGGUGGAAGGAGUGACUAGAAAGUUACCAGUACUUUUCAAAAACGACUAUGUUUAUUUUCUUAUAGGAUCAACAAUGGCAAUUACAAGUGGAUAUUUAAGUUCAUUGGCUAUGAUGUAUGCUCCUGGUACGGUGGAAGAACGUUAUGCACAAACGGCAGCAAUGAUUGCAGCAGCAGCUCUACUGUCUGGAAUAUUCCUUGGUAUUAUUUUUGCUUUUAUAUGGCCAGAAAUGAUUCUUAUUGGCUAGAAAUAAAUAAAUUAAAUUGAA